ACACGGCAAACUAAUGCAAACAAUAAGUUAGUUUAAUUAAAGCUGUUAAAAUAAGUACAAUAAGCAAUAUAAAGUUAGCAUUUCUAAUAUUGGAUCACAAUUGCAUACACACAUACAUGCAUACACAUCAAGUUAUUGAAACACGGAGAGAAUGAAUAUAUUGAAGACGUUAUGCGUUUAUGGUAUACUGUUGCUGUUUCUAUUUCAUACUAUGGAAGCAGCUGGUACGGUAAGUGAAAUAGUAAACCGAUUCAAUGGAAAAAGUACAUCAGCAAUGACUGCAAACGCUUCCUAAUUGAAGAAGAAACAUUCACUGAAAUUUGAAGGACGCUGUUACACAGAAAGUGUAAAAAGAUUGACUUUAGAAAAAAAUACUGGAGGAAAAUUAUAAACAAAAUAAACUGCAAAAGGAUUUCAUUAGUUCUUAAAUUCUCAAGUACUUUAUCAAAUGAUCCUAUAUAAUAUCGUUAUAGCCCUCACUUAUGUCUCCGAUAUUCUAUUUGAAAAGGGUAUGGUAAUAACUGUUUAGCCUUGCAAUAACAGACUUUUUUUUUGUGAACCGUUUUGUCAAAUCUAUACUUAUAGCAGACGCUGGAGUUUUGUAAUUAUUUUUCAUUCGACAGCAUGGUAAACUUUUUUCAGGAUUAAGAUAAAAACGGUGAUGAUUUGAAGCGAAAUCCAUUGCCUGAGUUUUGGACAGACCAUGAGAGACAAUCAGGGGUGGAAAAAAUAGGCGAGCACGCGAGCAGUGCUCGCAGGAAAUGUUAAACUGCUGCAAGAAAUUCGUUUGAAUGAAGAUUUGCUGUUGAAAAUCUGAAGGAAACCUUAACACCCAUGUCCCACUAUGGGCGCAACAACAUAUGGUCGACAGACAUUAUUCCUUCAAUUUAAAACCAUGGUCAGUUAGAACACUAUAUGCUUAAUAUGCACAUGCAGAUUUAACACAAAAAUACUCCGUUGGUCUGCAGGAAAUUUUUGUCUCCAGGUUGUGCUCCCAGGAAGAAAAUUCUUUUUUCCUGCCCUGGAGACAAUAUUUCCUUGUUUCAGUAAUUAGAAUAUAUUAGCUCCUGUUUCUAAAUUGACAAUUUUGGUAGCUUUUUCUGAGCUCAACAAAAUACUUGCUGCACAAAGUACAUAGCAUAUUUUAUGUUGGUAACGUAGAUUGAGUCCUAUACUGAGUACUGUAUAUCUCAAACUGGAGCAGAAAUUGGUAAUUUAUUGGUACGUCUGUUCUAUAAUAUUCAUGCUGAUGCAAUGUAAAGAAUAUCGGGGACCUGUUCUAUCUCUUCACGCAGGGAUAAAAAAUCGAUAUUGCAUAUAAGGCAUGUAAGGCCCGUAUGUUCUAAAAGCUCACUCACACUCAAUGAGUGGAGGUUCAAUCUUAGCUUCUUUUGAGUGUCAAUGCUGUUUUUGAAUAGCUGGAGGGUGAGUAGUCACAUAGUAAGGUACGACACUAAUCCUCCAGCUAUUCAUAAACAGCAUUGACACUCAAGAGAAGCCCAGAUUGAAUCUUCACUCAUUGUGCUUUUAGAAUACGGGCGUAAAUUUCUGCAUGUGGUAAAACUGAUCAUUGAAUAAGUUUAAAUAAGGUUGGAAGAGUCUGAAAACGAUGUUGGCUUAACCUAAACAAAAGGUCAGUAUCCAUGCCCAUGUUUAGUAUUAAAUAUUUUGGAUUUCCGACUCAAUUAUAUUUCAUCAGACGUUUCCUACUAAAUCGUUCUCCCAGAAUUAUAUUUUGGCCAGACGUAUUUUAUUGGUUAAAAGAACCGACAAUUGUGUCAUUUUAUAAGCAAUAUAGCGGUUAGUUUGACUAAAUUAGCAUUUGGUUAGAGAGAGUAUAUACACAUGGCUAAAUAUUUUCGCUUCCCUCCUGUCGUGUGGUAACACCGGGCAGCUAGAAGGGACGACCUUAACUGAACUACGGUGGAAAAAACAACUACCAGCUCUCUGGCAGAAAUCAAACCUGCGAUACUGCGAUUCCAGUGCAGCGCUCUAACCAACUGAGCUACAGAGGCCAGUUGUCGAGUUAUAAACGCAAGUUCAUGUACAGUAUUGGUGGUUUGCAAUCAAUCCCUUGAGAUUGACAAGACAAAGCGGCCAUGUUGAAGGAAAAUACGCUUCAAAUACAACAGCUGCUAAUAAUAUUCUUUUGAUAGCGUUCCUCCAACAUGGCCACCAUGACGUCAAGUGCGAACCAAGAAUAUAAACUACAGUGGUAAGGUGAUGCCAAUGUAAGGUGUACAGAGGGUAAAUAUCAGGAUUUUGGGCAUAUGUACAAAAUUCACAUUCGAAAUUUCCAUCUACAAAACCCUUCUACAAUUAGUGUUGUUAUAUAGCUAGGGUGAACACCAAACGUGCAUGAUUGGCUGAUUUGUGCUCACGUGACUUCAGAUAAAUACAAUGUUUCCUGCCGGGCAUCAAGUGAAAAAUUGUUGCCCGCACCGGUCGGCUACGCACAUAAAUAAACAAAAUGGCGGCACAACUAGCGCAAGUAGAAACUACGAUUUUCCAAGGGCGCUUUCCAUUAACACGGCCAGACCGGUCAGAACGGUCAAAUUGUUGAAUGGAACACAAAACGGUUGGGCUUCGGACCUAUCUGACCGGAAAAUUUACAUAGUAUUAGAAUGAGGUCCAUUUUCGCUAGAUAUUUGAGAAACAUAGACCAGAUCUUUCCAUUGAUACAGAGACAAAAAUUCGGGUCUGACCGGUCCAACCAUUAAAUGGAAAACGCCCCAAGUUUGUGUUCAAAUAAAGAAUGUAAAAGAGAAGAAAAAUACACAACAGGCAACAGGAUAUGCUGUUGAAACCGUUUAAGUAGGUUCUUUUAAUUUUAAACUCGUUUACACUACAGAGUUUUUGUCACGAAAUACAAUUGUUGUACAGUAUGAAUGUUGUUGAAUGUUGAUUUUUGUUCGUCGCUAUAUAACAAAACGCUUAAUGUCUGUUCCCUCGGGCAAUAGUUAGUUUUGUUUUCCCUCGAAUCUCAAUGUUUCCCUCGACUUGGUCUCGGGAAACAUCGAGACUCUCGGGAAAACAAAACAAACUAUUUCCCGAGGGAGCAAACAUUAACCAAUAAGUGUAUAAUAUCGAGUGUAGAUGCCCAAAUAAUAAAUAUUUACCCAUUGUAAACAGGUCUCUUUUACCACUGAUACAUGUUUUACUUGUUUUACUUUUAGACAAAGAUAUUUGUUUCCAGAGCACCUCAGUGCCCAUAUAACAAAAGAUGCAGAAGACAGAAAACAUGCAGUUGUGAGUCAGAAAACCUUGUCUGCAUGAGAGUGUACUGGAGAGUUAAAAAAUGCAUAAAGAUGGAUUCACCAUUAGCACCUCCAAGAAAAAUGCCGCCAAAUUUCAACUUCAAAAUCACAAAACCAUGGUGGUUUCGCAACUCUACGAAAGGUUAAAAAGUGAUGUUAUUCGAGCGAUAUAGAAAUAUUGAUAGCUAAAACUUUUUGAUUCAUACAGUAUUAAAAUCAUGAUGCACAAAACAAUCUGUAUAUAUUCUUUACUACAUGAUGAAUAUUUAACAUCAAUGUGAACAAUUAUGACUCAUGGACUCUAACAUCGUCUAUUUUUAAAAUCAUCUUAACCAACUGAGUAGCUAGACUUAUCUGUUGUUUCUUGCCAAUAAGUGUCUCGAUAACAUGUUGAUCACGCAUAUCUGGAAGCGAAGAACAGAUUUUAGAUUAAAGAUUAUAGUAG